AGUCCGACGCCGACGGAGUGUUACGCCGCACCGAGGGGAUCCGGAAGACUAUAAGGACAACAUGACCUGGCGGGAACUUGGGUAUGAGUUCACACAGUACACGACUUUGCAUGGACUGCGGUACAUAGCCGAGCGAAAUACGUUCAUCGCACGGAGAAUAUUCUGGUUACUGUUGACAGUCACGUGUUCAAGUCUCAUGGUCGUCCAGGUCGUGGACCGUGUACAGUAUCUGUUACAGUCACCAAUUGCUGUCAAUAUUAAAGUAAAUUAUAACCAGAGUCUACAGUUUCCCGCCAUUACCAUCUGUAAUCAAAACGCCUUCAGGGCAACCGAAGCCAGUGACCUUGACCUUUACAGACUGAUAGAGGACAUGUAUCGUACCGGAAGAGCUACGUCACGGAACAUAUCCUGGCUAGAAAACCUACAUAAAGAUAUUCGAGUGGACCAGCUGUACACAAAACUAGGUCACCGAAAGGAGGACUUUAUAGUCAGCUGCUCGUGGGCUGGGGAAAGUUGUUCAGCUGAUAAUUUCACCACAACGUUAACGGAUCACGGCAUGUGUUACACGUUUAACGGCUAUAACGAACGUACGCCUCAGCUGAAUGUGUCAUUCUCAGGAGCUGAGCAUGGUCUUCGGCUAACGUUGAACGCUGAACGAUAUGACGCCAUGCCUGGUCCCCAUGAUGCAAACGGGAUAAAGAUUUUGGCUACGUCAGUAUCUGAGUUUCCACGGGUGGAGGAAAUAGGAAUAGCCAUCCCGACAGGAGCACAUGCUUUCGUCGGACUUGGAGUUUUAGUGAUUAAAAACUUGCCUAAACCUCACGGAGAUUGUGGUGACAAAACGCUGCUUUCAACGAAAAGAUACUCUCCGGAAAUGUGCAUCCUUGAGUGUGUUUCGGCCUACGUUAGUAAAGAAUGCAAGUGCCGAAACUUUUACAUGCCGAAUUUAUCUGGUAAUCUGCCCGUGUGUACGGUGGAACAAUAUUACGUCUGUUACCUUCGCGCAUACGAAUAUAUCCGGAAAAAAACUGUAGAUGAAUGCGACUGUCCGACUUCCUGUAACUAUCAGAUAUAUGAAAGUUCAAUAUCGUAUGCAACAACUUCCGCAAACGUGAAGGGAAACCAGCUUGGACUCGCUAAAUCAGAGGAUUUGAAAAAUAAAUUCUACCGAGCAAGGGAAGUGACGGCGAAAAUGAACCCAUUUAUUCAAAAGCGUUUUAAAGAUACAGUUCAGAAAAUGAUAGAAAAUUACAACAAGCUGAGACAGUUGUUUGCCUUUGAUAUUCUAGAGCGUCUAGAUAAACAGAUCAGGAACCUUGAACAAUGGCGGGCGGAUAUGACGUCAAAAAUCGACUUACGGCAGUUUAUUUACGAGUACCAAGAAUAUUCCAUCCAAAAGAAUUUCAUGAGAGCACGUGAUGCAAUGGAAGAAAGAACGCUGAAUAACCUAUGUUUCGGAUUUCACGAGCACGUGUUUAACACGGAACUUCUGCUGCGGCAGAUGAUUGACACCAUGAAAAACAAUGAAACCACGGUCUCUAAAACGAUCAAAACUUAUUUGUCAAACACUUUGCAAAGCAAGAUAGAAACUGCUGAAAGAGCAUUUCAAAAUUACACACAAAUAUAUACAGCGUAUGAAACAGGACAAAGGAUUUUUAACUACAAGUUUAGAAAAAUUCCGCGCGAUGAAAACGAGGCCAUCAUUCCAAAACCACUUCUAAGAGAGUCCCUAUAUCAUAAUUACUACGCCAAGCGAUAUUCGAAACGCGUCGGUAAAGAUAUUAAAAAGGUAUUGAGAUAUACACGCAAUUUCGGAACAUUUGCAGACGAGUCUUUUGCUAACACUUCCGGUAUGCUUGAUGUACAAGCAAUGGAAAAAAUAAGUGCACGUUUUAUUGACGCCUGCGAGGACUACUUUCAUAGUAAAAGUACGUUUUACUUUGAGACUGUUGACAGACCUUUGCGCAUUAUUCAAGAACGACAACAGAACUUUUCAAAUAUCAGACGAGACUUUGACAAAAACUUCAGAGAGCAAGCGGAUAUGUUAAGAACGCUCAAAAAUUCACUUUCUAUAAUUAGAAGUGGGUUUCUAAGUGAUUUAGCGAACGGGAUUCAAUUAGUACAAGAUUAUUUCGACGAAAAUUCGACCAAAAAUGUCACAAAAAGACAGUUGGCGCAGAUUUUUACGUCUAAAGGGGUUAGUAACGAUAUGCACAUGUUAUCUCUAUUUUUCACUGAAAUUCGUCAGAAGGGACAAUACAUUUACCAGCAAUGGACGCAAAUCGGCUCUUCAGUUCUUAAAGUGUGGAGCUCCAUUCUAAAUGACAACGAUAGCGUGGAAUACUACACGUACAAAAACAUGACAGAUUUUCUACAGAACUAUACGGAUGUUGCUGAAAAUGUCAGUUCGUUGUUCGAAAUGCUGAAAUCUGAGAACGAUCUUAGGAAUGUACUUAGAAAUACAGAUAAUGUCUUCAUAAAAGCAAUAGAAACUCUUACAGAAGAACUCCGUCAGUUUUUGCAGGGAAGCGAAAUGGGAGAGACGUUUAUCCAAGACAAUUUUAUACAGCUCGAUAUUUAUUACAAAGAACUACGUCACGAGGAAAUCGAACAACAGAGGGCGUAUGAUGCUAUAGCCCUACUCUGUGAUAUAGGAGGUUCUAUAGGAUUGUUUAUAGGUGCUAGCGUGAUGACGGUGUUUGAAAUACUCGACUUCAUCAUCAAUAACGCCCUGAUCAACACGAUUUACAGAAAUAAACGAAAAUAGGCGCAAUAAUUUUUCCCGGAACAAAGAAGAUAAAUAAGCGAGAAUACGAUGUGUACAUAAAAAAACUGUGAUGUAGCUAGUAUAUAAAAUUAAUUUUAAAAAGAUAAAUAAUAAAAAGGGGUGAAUAUUAUUUUUGAAAAAUUCAAUGAUACUUACAAAGUUCAUUAACACAAACAAACGUACAACAAAUAAACAAUAUGGCGUGUAUGUAAACAAAAAUUAUGCAAAUGUGCUUACUAGUGAAAAAUAUAAAACAUUGCAAGUAUAGUUUUGAGAAAAGAAAUUGCAUGUGUAUUAUGUCAAAACGGUUGAAAGAAGAACUAGGUAUUGAACAACGAAAGCAAGGAGCAAGCCCGUUUGGGCGUGGUAAAGGAAUUUGGGUACAGGACAUGUGGUUAAAAUAGAAAAAAGUUUAGUUGAAUGUCUUUGAUGCCAUUAUAGAUUUUUUUUUUAAAUCAUACACAAUAACAUAGGACUAUAUCUUCAGCUAAAAGUAUCGAAGAAAACAUUCCACUUGAAUGUUAUUUUUACUCAUCGAAUAAACAUGUAUGUGUUAUUUUUCCUUUUUUUAAUUUCAUAAAAAAAUACGGUGCUUAGUAAAAUGCGCUUGAUUGCAUUUGUGUAGUGUACAUUUGUAUUUAUCCUAUUAAAAGCGCAACCUCAUUAUUUAUUUGAUAUCCGGUGAACUUGAAUAUAUACAUGCAUACAUUAAUAUAGCUUAUGUAUUGUAUAGCAAUAUACUCGCAUAUUAAAAUGAUA